CGUCGCGCAUAAGCUGUAUAACAGUUUUCGUUUCGCUAUUUCGCGUAUACGUGUUCCAACGCGUGUAUCGCACGGAUAUGUAUCGAUGUGUUUGUUUGAUCCGUUUAAUAAUCGUUCAAACCUCUUAAUACCACGUAUACGUACACGCGACAAAUUCUUUUUCUUUUAUUUAUCGAUUUGUCGAUUUAUCGAUUUAUCCAGAGAGAUUCUAUUGAAAUUUGAUAAUUUUUCACGUUGGUGAAAACGCGAAUAGCUUCGUAUCGUUCGACGGUCGAUUAUGGAACGAUAAUCGACGUCUACGUUCUAUGGCAAUUGUCGAAAGUUAACGAACGUAUUAUGGUUUCUAUCGUUGAUCGAUCUCGCCGGUGAAUCGUCGGUGUUAAAUGAUCGCGAGCGUUCAGGGAAUUGUUCGCUGAGUUGAACGGGGCGUACGAUCGAGCGACUUUGUUAAGCUAAUUAAAGAUACGUAUUACGAUAUAAUAGACGUGUCGAGAGAAACUUUGCCAACGGAAGCUCGUACGUCUGUUUGGUAUGAAAUAUGGUAGGAAAAUCCGUGCGCGAUCACAGAGAUUAGAACCGCGAAUCGCGCUCGAUAACCGGAUAUCGUAACAGAACGAGUACAGUGUAAUUUACCUUUAUUUUCAAUGAUACCGGAAAGUAGGUAACGAAGGUUCGUCGAUGCCGAAACAUAACAAAUUCGUUGAUCCAUGCGUGAAAAAAGAUAUGCGUCGUAAUUAUAUUUAUUAUUUAUUAUUAUCUCAGUGUUAUCGCGUUAACGAAGACUGUUUGCUCAUAUGCCGCGUGUAUAUCGUAAAGUUUCGUAAAAUUGCUUUCAAGUCUCGCUCGAGGUAAUCGUACUGUUCGAUGCGACACUGUUCGAUGCUUUCGGGAAGAAAUUCCAGCAUAACGGCGUAAAGUGUGACAAUUCGGACAGUGAAAGCCUGAACUUUUUCCAAGGUUCGAUGAAAACAUUCCAUUUCGAUGUAUACGCGGAAUCCGUGGCCGUAACCUGCCGACUUUUCCGAAUUCACUCGUCCGAAAAAUCCUCUUUGUUAUUUUUAUUACGUAUUAUCGAUCGACCGUGAAUUACCGAAUAGCGUUGAACGUGCUAAAGAAAGGGACGUGGCUGUCUCGAAGGAUAUUGCUCCGCUAUCUACCAUGACGUUCCAUAGACACUGACUAUUUUCACCGUGAACGAUAUGUAAUAAAUAUCUGGAGAACGGUAAGAAGCUCGAAUCUGUUUGAAGCGUCGUUGUUAAAAAAAAAAACAUCGCUUUUGAAAAUCUACAAACUACGUCUAGAUUAUAUAUAGUCAGAGCUCUCAAUGAUUCUACUCUUGACGUAUUUCUCUUGUUAUUUGUAUUUUCUAUUUACGUUUGUAUUUACAAACACAAUUGAUUUGCUAGCACGUUAGCGACUUGCGUUUUACCAGUGUCUAUCCGUUUAUCGAUAUCAGAGUGUAAACGAUCUUAUACAGAAGCGCGGAGACAGUUAAAAACAAGCACCGCCUUGUUUAUCGUUGUACGAACAAACUUGUCGUAUUUAGCGAGUAAUAUUUGAAACGGACGCGAAGACGCGUAUAGGAGUUACGAGAUACGUAUUUAUCGGCAAUAAUCCGUUAACAGGAAGUUCCGUCGAUCACCGAAAUAUCACGCUUGGAGCGAAACGAAAAGCUCGGCGAGAAACGCUUCUGCUUAGCAGAAUGAAACGACGAGCAACCGAGAAUCGAAGCGCGAUCGAAUAAAAGAAAAAUCGAGUGGAAGUUGACGGGUGUUUGGUCCAGACGACAUCGUCGGUUCGCCGACUCGUUUCUUGUCAUACACGGUCGGCGUACUUUUAUCCGUGUUCAUGCACGUACACGAGUACGCUGUGUAUACGUGGGCCGAACAGCCUCGCACGUAUAGGACUCGGUAAGCCGAAGAACGCAGAUUGCUAGAGGCGCUGUUCCGCUGACCUACUCUACGAUUAUCACUCGCUGUAGCCGAUCGCCGGUGCAGAUGACAGACCGGGCGACGAAAGGACGAGAUAAUAAAAUAUAUGCGAAUUGACAAACGUUGGCUUCCAAGGAACGACGACUCUGUUCGUAAGCGGAUCACCGACGACAGCCGUCGUUUUAUUUCCGACCGAGCGGGAGACAGGCUAUACGUCGUUCAUAGCCAGACAGAGCAUCGACAGAGUGGAAUCGGUCUGUGCGAGGUAGCGAUGGGCUGAAAUAAGUUGUAAGCAGGUUCGAACAUCGGCCGACUAUUCCAGCCUUCUAUAAGUAUUCCGAAGAAAGGAGGCAAUACUUUCGAGCAGAUUCGAACACGGAAGGGAGAAAUUGAACUUUAAAAAUGAAAAAAAAAAAAAAAAAAAGAACUACUCCCAAGUAGAUGGAUCCAACGCCGUCUUAUCAUAGGAUAGAUACUCCGUUCUGUUAAAAUCACUUUUCUCAAAAGGGACAUUUUGGUAGAAUUCGGUCACCGAAGGUGCUCAAGUUUGAAGUAUGCUCUUAAGAACGUACGCCGGAGAUAUGUGUACAGUGGUAAUGGAAUAUUAUGGAGAUGAUUUAAACGGGUAAGAGAGCAAGUUCGAGAAAGGUUCGUCAAUUGCGACGAACGGGUACGACUUUCACUCCAUUCGAACGAGCAGUGCGCGCCACGUUGUAUUAUUUAUUAAGGCAAAAAGUUUUGUGCUUAAUGAUAUUUUUCGCAGAUAUAAAUGAAUUUGUAACGUACUCGAUGUUUAACGGGACGACGAGUUUGCUCGCGUUAUUGCUUCGAAUUGAUCCGUAAUCGAGAAUGCAAAUUAAUUUCUCACUUUGAUCACAGGUGAGAGCACGUUGUAUACGCGAAAUAGUUAUUUGAAGAACAAGGACAAUAAGAAAUUAUAACGGAAAACUGAUAUAUAAAUGCAGCGAUAAACGUAGCCAUGUACAGAAAGUAUAUUCUGUUAGCCUCGCUUCGUCCUUUUCAUCCGGCAAACGGUGCAUUACUUACGACGUACGUUACAAAGAGACUAAAAAUUCCGCAACGGAUAAUGAAAUUCAGACGGCCAAAGACAAAAGGGACGCGUUCGCCACCUCGAUAAAUCUACCCUACAUCUCGUAUAGUGGCCCCGUCGGUGCAACGGUGACGGUCCCGGCAGAUCUGGCGAGGGUUUUUGGUGAAAGCCGACGGCCCCGAGAGGGGAGAGUAUAUAGACUGCGUUUCGUUUCUGGUGAGCUCACAACCAACUUACUCGGCAAACCCGUCGGUGUGUUUUGCCCGUCACGUUUAUCAAUCCACCUCUCUCCGCUGCUUUUCGUUCAUUUGCCCUUCCAUUUCGCGAGGAUCUCGUGGUCGGGUGUCGUCGCCACCGAACGAGACGAAACCAACGAGAAAAUCGACGAGCUACGACGAGAGAAACGCUCGAGUGCCAAGUGUGUGUGCCAAUAGGAUUAUAAUCGGCUGAAACUGCCGGAGGAAAAAGAGAGGAGACUCGCAUGAUGGAGAGGACGUGGCGGAGUAUACGGAAAUCGACUUUAAUCUUGUUGCUGCCUCUGCUUUUAGCCAGGGUAAAUUGCGAAGCUCCGCUGGUGGACAGUAGCGCACUGCCUUUAGAACACAGAUCGGUUUACGGGGCACCGGCGCAAUAUGGUCCUCCUGCGACGCACGGCGCCGAGGAAAAUUGGCCGCUGGCGUCUCCGGACACACCGCAAAUAAAACAUUUGCAGGUGCAAUGCGAGAAGACGCACAUGCGAGUAAACAUCGAGUUCGACAGGCCGUUUUACGGAAUGAUCUUCAGUAAGGGUUUCUACUCGGACCCGCAUUGCGUUCACUUGAAGCCAGGCACGGGUCAUCUGAGCGCCACCUUCGAGAUCUUCUUGAAUUCCUGCGGAAUGAGUUCUUCCGCUAACCAUAACGUGGCGGCUUACGGAGCUCCGACACCUUCCGGUAGUUACGUGGAGAACACUAUAAUCGUUCAGUACGAUCCGUACGUGCAGGAAGUGUGGGAUCAAGCGAGGAAGCUGCGCUGCACUUGGUACGAUUUCUAUGAGAAGGCAGUAACCUUCAGACCCUUCCAAGUGGAUAUGUUACACGCCGUUACCGCCAACUUCCUCGGCGACAAUCUGCAAUGCUGGAUGCAGAUCCAGGUUGGCAAAGGACCAUGGGCCAGCGAAGUCUCCGGCAUAGUGAAGAUAGGGCAAACCAUGACCAUGGUCUUGGCUAUCAAAGACGAUGAGAAUAAGUUCGACAUGUUGGUGAGAAACUGCGUUGCCCACGAUGGCAAAAGAGCACCUAUUCAGCUGGUAGAUCAGUAUGGUUGCGUUGUUAGGCCGAAGAUCAUGUCGAGAUUCCAGAAGAUUAAGAACUUCGGUCCGAGCGCCUCUGUCGUCAGCUUCGCUUACUUCCAGGCCUUCAAAUUCCCCGAUAGCAUGAACGUUCAUUUUCAAUGCGUGAUACAAGUUUGUCGUUACAAUUGUCCGGAGCCAAAAUGUGGACAUCCUGGUCUCGAGUACGGUGCCCCUGCCACGGCUCUCACUCAGGAAUACGGUGCACCGGUUCAUCAGAACCUUGGUGCCGAAUACGGAGCGCCACCGGUACCCGAAUACGGUGUACCACCGGCGUUUGCCGAUCCUCGGCAUCCUAGCGGACCGGCUGGAGCUUACAGCGAGCAGAACGCGGAUGUAGUACCAGCACCGCAAGCGCAAACCUCAUCUUCCUCGCCGAGUUCGACGCCGGGAGAUGCGACGGCCAGUAGCUCGCCGCAGAGCCCGCAAGAUAACAUUCACCUUCCUCCGCCCCCUCUUCCUGGUCAUCCAGCCGGGGCCUAUCAGACCGUGAAGAGAAAGGGAACCGCCGGUUCCGAGGAGCUCGAGGGUAACCUGGCCACCCUCGGAGGUCGACCGAGGUCGGUCGAAGGUUUUCCAGCCGAGCUUAGAGGUGCCAGAAGGCGAAGAUCCGCCGACGAACAUUUGCAUGACGAUGAUUCCAGUAUCUACCGCACUGUCACCUUAGUCUCGAGCCACGUGUACAAGCGAGCAGCCCAGGAGAUGACGGACGUGAACACCUCGAGGACGAUUCAGGUGGUCGCGCCAGGCGACGUGAACUUCGCCUUAGGCACAACGAAUUCCAGCAACGAUACCACGGUCGUUAUCCAAAACGCCAGCGCCUCGGCCGAUCCCGAGACCAUCUGCAUGAGUCUGCCUGGUUUCGUCGGCGGUCUCGUGAUGCUUCUUCUCGUAGUAGUAGUCGCAUCCCUCGUCGCGGCGUUUCUUUUCGUCAGGGUGCGCGCCGUUGACCGGAAAAAUAUCGUGGCCGGAAGCGGCUUCGUGCACGCGGCGUACGCAGCGGAUAACUGCAGCGUGCCGAACCCAGAAUUCGUCAAGGUGGCCAACUGAGGUCGCGACCGUGAAAGAAAUUCGAUGAAGAACGAGAGAAAACGAUUUCUCGAGGAUGGCCGAUCUCGAGGACGGACACCGUGCUGGAAUAUUAUUUAAUUUUUAUGGCCGAGUUACCUCGAACAUUCUCUCCGUUCUCCUUCGUCGUUCGUUCGAUUUUCUCUUCCGGAAUUCAGCUUCUUUUCCACAGGCCUCCUUCCUUAGUCGAAUCUUAUCGUUGGUCGAUCGAACGUGUGCUUUUCUCUUCGAUCGAGUUUGCUUGAACGAAGGAACGGACGGAAUGUUCGGGUACCGUGUAAAUAAGCGCACUAGAAACGCGACUCCGCAGCAGAGAGAAGAAGAGAAAAGGAGGAUGAAUCAAAGAAUCGCAAGAACGACACGCAUGGAACGCGUUUCACCAGUCGCGAUCGUGCCUGUUAAUCCUUUCACUGCCACGAAGCACCGCGUACCAUCGGGUUGUUCAAACUUUUAUGUUUACCUCGAUACGUUUGCAACGUAACCGCUCGCAACGAUCUGUACAAUUGUAACGUACCGCGCCAACUACCUUACGCGAAAAGAUCGAUCGUACGAAGAUAUGCGUUUAACGCGACUAACGGCGAAACGUUGUCCGAUGCGGGUCGUUCCAGGCCGGACUCCGUGGCGCGUCAUGAUCGCGGUAAUAAGACUAAGAAAAAGUAGCUUAAUCACGCGUUAAGGCGGUAAGAAUAAGUCACGGCGUGCUGCGAGGGUAAGGUUCGUGAAUGAUCGCCGGAGCAGUCUCGGAGGGCAUUGUAAAUAAGUCGGAAGUAGUCGGACGGCCCUACGCGAUGCCGACGCGCGGAUUUCUUUUUCGAUUCCGCGUUCUCGAUCGCAAACUGUGUGUACACUCGAUUAUUUAUACGUUUGUAUAAUUCGAAAGAUAUUCCUUCUUGCAACUUCGCCGUAGCUCGUAUCUCGUGAGCCACGGGUGAGCUGCGUGUUUGAUGUUUCGCGCGACCGGAAGCCGAUGUCUCUAUCGGAACUCGUGACGAUUCCUUCGUAUGUCUUCUUAUUUAUAUCGUUUUUCUUUUUACGCUAUCUCUAACUCUCUCUCUCUUUCUCUUUCGAACGAUCUAACCCUAAUUUAUUUGUCGAAAUUACCCGCGAACAUACCUCUCUCCAUCUUCCUCAUUCUCUCAUCCCCUUUUCCUCGCUCUUUUGUCCCCCUUGUUCGCUUAGUAUUUAAGAUUUUCGAGAAAAGAAUAUUCCCUGGAUACGGGAAUAUGUUUCAAGUAUGUGUUUUAAGCACACGCCCGCGCUUACAGAAACACACGUACGUACGAAUGUAUAUGUAACCUACGAUGCAGACAGAGUUGCACAUGUACACGCAUACGCGGAAGUAUAUAUGCGCGUGAGUUACAUCGUAUACAUUGUUACACUGGCGCGAGCAACGUAUACACUGAGACAAGAUUUGAUUAUUUCAUCAUUAUUUUAAUUACAUAUUCAUUUUUAUUUAUAUAA